GACGUUGACAUAAUGACGAUUUUCGAAACAAAUAGCCGGGAGAAAGUUGGAUGUAUCACGAAUCGCCGCGUAGUUGUAUUUUACUUUGGGUAUUUAACUUAACUAGUGCACAUAUAGAGUUCGUUGUCCUGAGAAGAACAUGGUGCAAGAGUUUCAUGUCCUCAGGUGUUUUUCCUGUCAGACGUUUCAAGUUCAUCAGGUGAAAAAGAGCAAAAAAUGGAACUGCAAGAUGUGUGGAGAAAAGCAAUCGCUCGUAAAGGUGUACGGAAGGGGUUCAGGGGCAGAUUGCAGACGUCACGUCCAGAAGCUGAACUCCCUGCGCGGGGAGCUCCACGAGGCAGAGCAUGCGAGGUUCUCAUGGGAGCCGGAGGAUGAGGAGGAAGAACUCAAAGAGGAAGGCGAUGAAGCUCUGACCUGUGAAAACCAGCAGGGCGCGGCAGGCGCUGUAAGUCGCUGGAGCAAAUACCUGAGCGGAGCAGGUGGGGGGGCGGGGCCUGAGGAGGGGGAGGAUGAGGCGGCGGAGGAAGAGGAGAAUGUUUCCAUGGAGAGGAGCGCCUACCAUGGCAGCCGGCGCGGCUGCGCCAGGAAGGCGGGGAAGCGCAAGAGGAGCUGGAGAUUCUCGCCGCUGUCCGGGGAGUCUGCUCGUGCCGAGCGCAGCAGGGUCGACCAAAGUGCAGUUGAGGACCCUUGGCACAGAGCCAAGCAGAGCACGCAGCCUGAAGGGACGCACGACUCGCACUCCAGCUCCUGGGCAGCAUCAAAAAGUUCCCAUGAUGCCCCAGGCACCAGCAGGCCGCCUCCUGCAGCUGACGCUCCUCCCCCACUUGGAGCCAGCAGCAGAGGUGAACCUGAGUCCAGGAGCUCCAAAUGGAGCAGGUUUCUGUCUCUGCGGCGUGAGGAUGACGAGGAGGAUGAGGAACCACAGAGAGACACUUACACAGGUACCUCCAGGGGUAGAGCAGGAAGUGAAAAACCACUAGGUUUCCCUUCUGUCUCCAUGGGUCGAUUUGAAGAACACGGCCGUUUCCAAGAGGAAGUCCGUUUAACCAACAGAGUGUUUGCGGGGGUUUCAGAGAAAAGCCCAGAAAGUAGCCUCAAGUUUUCUCCUGGUUACCAAUGCAUUCAGAAGAUGGCCAAUCACAGAGACGGUCUCGGCCACCUCCACUCAAGACUCCCAGCUAGUGCAGCUCCUGCCUGUCCCCAGAACCUGUCAAUCAGCAAGCCACACCCCUCUCUCCACUCCCUCUUUCAAACUGACGAGGACUUUGAUGACUCAUUUUAGGCCUUGUGUGCAUUUCUCCCUCCCCCCUCUUGCCCCCCCUUUUCUGGACCUCAGAAAGCCUGGAUUCCUCCCCUAUCCUCUCUGUUUACACAAUCGUUAAAUAACGAUCUGUUUGUGUCCGAAAUGAGCAGAGCCAAGGUAGAUAAGACUAUGCAGUGCAAUGUCCGUUUUAUUCACCUCGUAUAAACUUCCCGGAUCACGUGCAGCCCUUUGUAUCUUGGCAGAAAGAUUUAUAGAUGCUUUAAGACUUUGCUUUUAUCCUCAUUCGUAUUACUGCUGUAUAUUGGUAGUAAAAUAAAUGUGCUAAUUUGGAGAUUGUA